AUGACUGCACACAUCUAUUAUUUACCAUGUUUUUUCCAUUAUCAUUAUUCACUUAGGAGAAGAAAUGUAACUCCUCCUUGUAGACUCGAGCUUUCAGUUUCCUUCACCACAUCUAAUGGAGUGUCAUUAAUUGACAUAGUACAGGCUCUCUUGACAAUAUUCUUUUCUGUACAGAUUUUAAAGAUACACUAUUAUUCUGGCCACACCGUGGCCCAUUCCUCCGUACAACGUACAUUUUACAUUUUUUACAUAAUCAAAAACGGCAUUUUUGAAUGCUCUGUUUUUAAUUUUCGGGAAAAUAAAGAAAUCACUGGUAGAUCGCGAAAAACCACACCUAGGUCUGAUAGGAAAAUUAAAACACUUGCUCUUAAAAAUCCAUUUACGAUUGCUGCCGAUAUAACCGCUCAAUUUGGAGAAGUAAAUAUUGGGAGACUAUCUAAAAAACCCUGUAUUUCCAAGAAAAAGCGGACCGCCCAUCCAAAACGGCAUUUUUGA